GCGGCGUCCAGGUGACGGGCUUGAGGAGACCGUACCGGUAUGGCGUUGACGUCGUGGCCCGCCUGGCGGGCUCUGGCCAGCUCCAGCCAGCUUGGCCUCGGAGGAUGCGGAGCCCCGAGACGCCAGGCUUACGAGUGGGGCGUGCGCUCCACGCGGAAGCCCGAGCCCCGUCCCCUCGAUAGGGUGUACGAGAUCCCCGGACUGGAGCCCAUUACUUUCGCGGGGAAGAUGCACUUCGUGCCGGAUCUGGCGCAGCCGGUCUUCCCGCCCUGGGACCCCGGCUGGAGAAAUCCCAAGUUCUACCGCUCGCCCCCCAUUCACGAGCAGCCGCUGUACAAGGACCAGGCCUGCUACAUCUUCCACCAGCGUUGCCGGCUCCUUGAGGGUGUAAAGCAGGCACUCUGGCUUACCAAGAGCAAGCUCAUAGAAGGCCUCCCCGAGAGAGUGAUGAGCCUUGUGAGUGACCCGGCGAACCACAUCGAGAACCAAGAUGAGCGUGUGCUGAAUGUAAUCUCUCACGCCCGCCUUUGGCACUCCACCGAGGACAUCCCCAAGAGAGAGACCUACUGUCCCGUUAUUGUGGACAGCUUGCUGCAGCUGUGUAAAUCCCAGAUUGUCAAGCAUCCUUCUCUGGCCACCCGGAUGUGUUCCGAGAGCUACAGGUUGUCUGCUACCUGGAAUCGAGAGUCUAUUCUCCUGCAGGUGCGUGGUUCCGAGUGGGCCCGACUGAGUGCCAAGGAUCCUCUGCCCGCCGUCGCCUCCAGAGAGGAGGUGGAAGCGACCAAGGAUCACACUCUAGAGACCUUCUAUCCCAUAUCUCCCACCAUUGACCUGCAAGAGUGUCAUGUUUAUGACAUGAGAAACAACACAGGGUUCCAACAGGGUUGUCCUUAUCCCCAUCCCCACACCCUGUAUUUCCUGGAGAAGGCCAAUUUACGACCCCACCGCUUUCGGCCAGAGCAGCUGAGGGCCAAGAUGAUCCUGUUUGCUUUUGGCAACGCCCUGGCUCAGGCCCGGCUCCUCUACGGGGAUGACAGCAAGGUGCUGGAGCAGCCCAUAGUGGUGCAGAGUGUGGGCACAGAUGGACGGGUCUUCCAGUUCCUCGUGCUGCAACUCAACACAACGGAUCUGGCCUCGAACGAGGGUGUCAAGAAUCUGGUGUGGAUGGACUCAGACCAGCUUCUCUAUCAGCACUUUUGGUGUCUGCCGGUGAUCAAAAAGAAGGUGGUUGUGGAACCUGUUGGGCCAGUGGCUUUCCAGCCAGAGACGUUCCAGAAGUUUUUAGCUCUAUAUUUGCAUGGUGCUGUGUGAAUGAGGACUGCUGUGGGGCCUGAAUGGUCUCUUCUCUACUCCACCUGAAGAAUUGAACCCCGGGAAGCUGGAGGCCUGGCUUGGCACCUGGGGCUCUUGCAGCCUGGAGGGGUCUCGCUAGCAAUAAAGAGAGAGCUUGCAUUGCUGUGGA